AGUAUUUUGUCGGAAAAGCGCAAACAGGCCACAUUCACAGAAAGAAGCCAACUGAAGUAUGCGCGGCGUCUAGUGGUGAAACUUGGUAGUGCAGUCAUCACACGCGAAGACAACCAUGGCUUAGCACUAGGACGGCUGGCAUCCAUUGUCGAACAGGUUGCUGAGUGUCACUUAGAAGGUCGUGAAGUCAUGAUGGUGACAAGUGGCGCAGUGGCCUUUGGCAGUCAAAAAUUAGCACAGGAAUUGCUUAUGUCACUUUCAAUGCGUGAAACCCUGUCACCAAAAGAUCCUACGCGCGCAGAGCAGGGAACGCUGCUUGAACCGAGAGCUGCAGCUGCUGUGGGUCAAUCUGGUCUCAUGUCGCUGUACGACGCUAUGUUUGCUCAGUAUGGCGUGAAAAUUGCUCAGGUUCUCGUAACUAAACCGGAUUUCUACAACGAGGAAACACGGAAUAACCUAUUUUGUACACUUUCCGAACUGAUUAGCCUUAAUAUUGUUCCGAUUAUAAACACCAACGACGCUGUUUCGCCACCAAUGUUCUUAAAAGAUGACGAUCUACCAGUUGGUUCGAAGAAGGGGAUCGCCAUUAAAGACAAUGACAGCUUAGCCGCUAUGCUUUCAGCCGAAGUUCAAGCAGACUUGUUGAUUUUGAUGUCUGACGUGGAUGGAAUUUACAACAAACCACCAUGGGAAGAUGGAGCAAAACUUAUGCAUACUUAUACUUCAAAUGAUCGCCAUGUCAUCGAAUUCGGCAAGAAAUCCAAGGGGGGCGCGCAAACGCGAACUGUCCCAGGGGCCCGGCUCGGCUCUCUGCGGGCCUGGCCAUACUCCGUCAGCGCACCUUCAUUCACAUGAAAUAAAUUUGGAUGGCUUCUGAACUUGCUUUAAAUGAAUAUAAAAUAAUUAACUAAGCACAAGUCUUUAGAAAGCAUAGCGGUAUACACAGGUGUUUCAUUUAAACGAUAAGUGGAAAAGUAUUUUGAGUGAUUCUAUUUCGCGGUGUUACACUGAUCAUAAACUUUUUAAUCCACCUAGUACAGGUCGUAGUGCUGAUCGACUAAUUCACGAAACUGCGUUUAAAAUUUUUCUAACAUCCUAAUAUCCUCAACUUAUUCUUAAAAACCAUUUUCGCAUGACUUCCGGCACUAAACCAGCUUAAGCUCGUUUAUUAUUUAACCAAUUUUAAGUUUAUAUAUGAGUUUGGGAAGAAGGAUGUUUGUAUUAUUUAAAUAAAUAAUAAGUUUUGUGAGCGCAUUGCAAAUA